CUCUCUCUCUCUCUCUCUCUCUCUUCUCUCUCUCUCUCUUUCCAGCACUUUCUGGUUUCUUCUCUCUGACAACAAUCUGUUCUGCUGACUGACAACAUCCACUUCGACCGGGUUGAGGAAAACUCCUCUGCCCCUGAUUAUUUCUUCUCCUUCUUUCGCUCUGAGUGGAUCUGUAUAACUUUUCUUGUGGGAAGAGUCGGUGGGUUAAGCCAGCAACCUUUUGGGCUGCUGUAAGAGUCUUUGCGUGCGUGUGUGUGUUUGUGUGUGUGUGUGUGUGAAUGUGCACGUUAGUCAGUAUGCCAUGUCGUCUCCUGGCUCGUCGUUUGUGCAGAUAAAGCAUGAGGACCUACUCUUCUAUGAGAACUGUGGAGGUGGAAGCUUUGGGAGCGUCUACAGAGCCCUGUGGAUUUCCCAAGACAAGGAGGUGGCUGUGAAGAAGCUUCUCAAGAUUGACAAGGAGGCCGAGAUUCUUAGUGUCCUGAGUCAUAAGAACAUCAUUCAGUUUUAUGGAGCCAUGCUGGAAUCUCCCAACUAUGGCAUUGUCACAGAAUAUGCUAGUGGGGGGUCUCUGUAUGAGUACCUCUCAAGUGAGCAGAGUGAGGAGAUGGACAUGGAGCAGAUCAUGAUGUGGGCCAUACAGAUAGCUAAAGGGAUGCAUUACCUCCAUGCAGAAGCUCCAGUCAAAGUAAUUCAUAGAGACCUGAAGUCACGGAACGUGGUGAUGACAGCAGACAAAGUGCUGAAGAUUUGUGACUUCGGGGCGUCAAAGUUCCUGUCGCACACGACCCAUAUGACAGUGGUUGGCACUUUCCCCUGGAUGGCUCCUGAGGUUAUUCAGAGUCUGCCUGUCUCGGAGACCUGUGACACCUACUCCUAUGGCGUGGUGCUGUGGGAGAUGCUGACUCGGGAGGUUCCUUUCAAAGGAUUUGAAGGGCUGCAGGUUGCAUGGCUGGUGGUAGAAAAACAAGAGAGGCUGACCAUCCCCACUAGCUGUCCAGCAAGUUUUGCAGAGCUGAUGAGGAGAUGCUGGCAAGCAGACCCAAAGGAGCGUCCACAGUUCAAACAGGUGCUGGUAACCCUGGAGACUAUGGCCAACGACAGCCGUCUACCGGACCAGUGUAACUCUUUCCUACAUAACAAGGACCAGUGGAGGUGUGAAAUUGAGUCGACUCUGGAGCGCCUUCGAAAGCUGGAGAGGGAACUUUACUCCAAAGAGAAGGAGCUGGAGGAGAGGGAGCGGAGGCUCAGACUGUGGGAGGAGAGGCUGAUGGAGAGGUCCAACAUGAGUCCCAGUCCAACAUCCCUACUCAUGGAGCGCUCAAACAUCUCACCAUUCUUCACACCGAUGUCUAUCGGUUCUUCCGGCUCGUUCUUCCGCUCACACUCUCAGGACUCCAACAGCGCCGGGCUCAGCAGUGCUGGGGUCAGCAGUGCUGGCGUCAGCUGCCUCCUCCGCACCCUCAGCAACGGAGACACGGAAAGAGGGAGCAGUGCAGCGCUGGAGAAGGGGAUGGGCUCACUUGACAGCGGGAGGCUGCACGCCAUGAUCCGAGGUUUGCAGGGCAGGUUCGGAGAUGAGGAUGAGGAGGAGGAAGAGGAGGAAGAGGAAGGGACCCUGGAGGAGAAAAGAUGGGGGCAGAGGGAAAGGGAUGACAGUGGAGGAAGGGUGCAGGUAACACUCAGGAGCUUCCCAGGCGGUGUAGUGGAGAGGGAGGAAAGGACGUGGGGGGACGGGGACAGGGAGAGAGGAGGGAUGCAGAGGAGCAGGGUGACCACCAUAGUCCGAGGAUACUCAGGUGGGUUUGGAGAGGGGGAGGGGGAGAGGGAGAAAGAGGGAGGGUGGGAGAUAGAAAAACUUGGGGAUAGGCUGGAGGAGAGAGGGAUAGAGGGAGGAAUAGAAGGAGGGAGGCUCCCAACUAUGUUCAAGGGUCUCCACGGGAGUUUGGGGGGCUUGGGGGACAUGCUGUCCUUAGAUAUGAAUGACAUGGGGGACAUGGAGAGGAUAGGUGACAUAGACAUGGACAUGGGUGACCUGGGAGUCAUGAAGGUAGUGGGUCAAGGUGUCAGGAGUGAGGCUGGGGUCAGGGGUCGCAGGACUGACAUGGGAGUCAUGGUCCAGGGAGUAAGAGGUGACCUCAGCCAAAAGAUUAGAGGUGAAGUGGGAGUCCUCGGGCAAUCAGGGGUGCAGGUGAGCAUGCGAGCUUCGUCCAAUCAGAACUCUGUGAAGAGCUGCAGCGUGCGGCACGGAACCAAGAUCAACAUGUCCUCUGCAGCCAGGGACAUGAUGGAGCUCGACUGGUCUGAUAGUGACUAGAAAACAAAAAAGAGAAAUACACACAGAAAAACACACAGAGGCCAAACUAGACAGAUUUUGUUUCAGUUUGUUAACACAUACAGUAUCUGAGCUGCAGUAUGUGCAUUAGAAUCUUUGAGAGAGUUGAAAAAGAGCUGGUAUACACACUUUUUUUGGUAUUUUUUUUAUUGAAUGGAUGAAUAUUAUACCCAUGUGUACUGUGAAGUAGGAAGGAGAAUGAUACGAAAUUUGCCUUGUCAUUUUGUCAGAAUGACUUCACCUGUGUAAUUUAACGUGCUAUUAAAACUGCUGCAUAACACACUGUAAGAGGUACAAGUGAAAGAAAAAUAACACACUUGAAUGCCGCUCUACUGAGGCAGCACGGUCUGAUAUUUUUUUCCCCGCUUAGAAAGUAUCUCUUAGUUUAUAGCUUUGAUUUGUUCAGAACAAGCUCAGUUCUAACUGUGAUCUAGUGUGUGAAUGUUUGGCAUUUCUUUCUGUAUAUUUUAUCGUUUUUCAAUAAAAAGAUUAUAAAUUUUC